AUGGCUGACCUCAAUGACAUACCCAAAGCCGAACUUCUUUGGCAACACCCCUCACCCAAGGACUCGAAGCUGUGGGAAUUCCUCCAGACUGUCAACAAGAAGCACAACAAGAACUUCCAGACGUACCAGGACCUCUACCAAUGGAGUAUAGACAAUGUGUCCGACUCAUGGGGCGAUAUCUGGGAUUACGUGGGCAUUCGGGCCUCGAAACCGUACGAGAAGGUUAUCUCGGAUGAGCAGACAAUGUACCCGCGGCCACAUUGGUUCCCAGGCGCGAGACUCAACUUUGCCGAGAACCUGCUGUUUCCAACCCAAGCGGUCGACGAGUACAGUCUUGCCGUGAUCGCCGCGACCGAAACCACGAGGGAGACGGUGACAUGGAAAGAGCUACGAGAACGAGUCCGCAAGGCGCAGGGUGGGAUGCAAGCUUUGGGUAUCAAGACUGGCGAUCGCGUUGGUGGAUAUGUUGCAAACCAUACCAAUGCUCUUGUAGCUAUGCUGGCUGCUUCAUCGCUGGGAGCCAUAUGGACAGCUGUGAGCCCGGACACCGGCGUUACGGCUGUAUUGGACCGCAUGGUCCAGAUCGAGCCAAGUAUACUUGUGACUGAUAACGCUGUCAUGUACAAUGGCAAGACGCAUCCUGUGUUGCCCAAAGUCAAAGAGAUAGUGGAAAGUCUGCCGACCCUCAAGGCUGUGGUCAUCUUUGACACUGUCUCGUCAAUGGGAUCUGAAGUGGAAGGACUAUCCGAUCAGUUCAAGCAGAAGGUAUACACAUACGACAGGUUCACACAAUCCUCGGGAGAGUCGACGAAGUUGCACUUCGAACAGCUCGAUCCAGAUACACCAGUCUACAUCCUUUGUUCAUCAGGCACGACUGGCGCACCCAAAUGCAUUGUCCACGGAGCUAUCGGCACUCUCAUCCAGCACAAGAAGGAACACGUUCUCCAGUCAGACAUACGUCCCGGCGAUCGUCUCUUCUACUUCACUACCUGCACGUGGAUGAUGUGGCAUUGGCUCGUCUCCGGUCUUGCCGCAGGCGCAACACUGAUCCUCUACGACGGCUCCCCGUUCCAGUACCUAUCGAACGGCGAAUCAGUCAAAGAUGAUCUCGCCAUGCCUAGACUCAUCGACGAACUCAAUAUAACACAAUUCGGCACCAGCGCAAAGUACCUUUCCGUGCUCGAGCAACGGAACAUAUUCCCGAAACAGCAGGGACUGACACUGAAGACACUGAGAGCAAUCUACUCAACCGGCUCACCUCUCGCACCUUCGACCUUCCAGUACGUCUACAAAGCCUUCGGUGCCAUCAAUCUCGGCUCCAUCACUGGCGGUACAGACAUCAUCUCCCUCUUCGGCGCACCAUGCCCGCUACACCCUGUCUACAUCGGCGAGAUCCAAGUCCUUGGCCUCGGUAUGGCAUGCCAAGCCUGGGACUUCGAAGGCAAAGACGUCAGCAAGAAAGGAGAGCCAGCCGAUUUAGUCUGCGUGAAGCCAUUUCCUUGCCAGCCAGUCAUGUUCUGGGGCAAAGAAGGUGAGGCGAAAUACAAAGCAUCCUACUUUGAGGAAUUCCCCGGCGUGUGGCAUCACGGCGACUUCAUCCGCUUGAACCCAGAAACUGGAGGCCUCAUUAUGCUAGGCCGCUCAGACGGUGUGCUGAAACCUUCCGGUGUCCGUUUUGGAUCCGCUGAGCUCUAUAAUGUUCUUUUGAAGCACUUUCCCGAUCAAGUUGAAGACGCUCUGGCUAUUGGUAGACGGCGAGAACGGGAUGAUGAUGAGACGGUUGUGCUGUUCUUGAAGAUGAAGCAGGGUGAGAAGUUCAGUGAGGAACUGGUACAGGGUAUUAAGGGUGUUGUGAGGAAAGAGCUGAGUGCGAGACAUGUCCCGGGGAUGAUUGAUGAGUGCCCGGACAUUCCGGUCACGACGAAUGGGAAGAAGAUUGAGAAGAGUGUCAAGCAGAUUCUGUGUGGGUUGAAUAUUAAGACGAGCACGAGUGUGGCCAACCCGGAGAGUUUGGAGUUUUAUAAGAAGUGGGCGGAGACUCAUUGA